ACAUUGAUGGUUCCUCAUCAUCAGCCUGUGGAUGCUCUGGUACCUGUGUGCUCAGCUCUUUGGCUAACAACGGCUGUAUUUUUCUGAGGAGGGGGGAACUACCAGCUGCCAACAUGUCGAGCAAAAGGGCCAAGGGGAAGAACACCAAGAAGCGUCCUCAGCGUGCCACCUCCAAUGUGUUUGCUAUGUUUGAUCAGUCCCAGAUCCAGGAGUUCAAGGAGGCUUUCAACAUGAUCGACCAAAACAGGGAUGGCUUUAUUGAUAAAGAAGACCUUCAUGACAUGCUGGCAUCAUUAGGUAAGAACCCCACAGAUGAAUACCUGGAGGCCAUGAUGAAUGAAGCGCCAGGUCCAAUCAACUUUACCAUGUUUCUGACCAUGUUUGGAGAGAAGCUGAACGGCACAGAUCCUGAGGACGUGAUACGUAACGCUUUUGCCUGCUUCGAUGAGGAAGGCACAGGUAUGAUCCAGGAGGAGUACCUACGGGAGCUGCUCACCACGAUGGGUGACAGGUUCACAGAUGAAGAAGUGGACGAGCUCUUCCGCGAGGCGCCGAUUGACAAGAAAGGCAACUUCAACUAUGUAGCAUUCACACGUAUUUUAAAGCACGGUGCAAAGGAUAAAGACGAUUAGUGACAGAGAUUUCACUGGAUGAGGUUUAUACUGUUCAUCUUGUGUAUUGUUUAUGGGUUUCCACUUGUUAGAACAGUUACAUCAUGUCAUUUGAUGAAGCGUCACCGUGGUGUAGCCUACUGAAGGUCAUUUAAGCUGCUUUUUGGACCAUACCUCUGCCCCCCCCACCCCCAACCCCUCAACCCUACUCUUAAAGCUCAUUUGCACAUCUGUGAUAACACCACUAAGGGUCUGUAUAAGCUAGUAAAGAUGUAUGUAAAGACCCCAUGGAUAAAGCUGGAAAUAAACUGAAACAAGAUCUGUUAUUGUGACUGCUUUGGUUUCACUGAAUCCUUUGUAUUUUGUAGGAAAUUAAAGUUUUGAGAUGAAAUUGUGUU